AUGACGUACUUGGAAAGAUACCGUUCCGGUCAUAUCAACAGAUGGGUCCAGAGACUGCUGCGUCUCCUUCAAUUUCUGACCGCCAUUAUUUCCCUGGGUUUCUUCUCCAGGAGACUGAACAGGCUGCUUCACUUGACGAGAGGGGCCUAUAAUAGAGGUGAAGGCGCCGUCGAAGGAAUCUUGGCCGCGGCCGUGGUAUACUCCAUCCUAGCCAUGGCCAUGGCCUGCUGUCUACGGCACGGCGGUCCCAAGAUCAUACGUUGGCUAUUUGUGCUCAUGGACAUCUUGUUCAUCGGCGCCUUCAUUGCCGUUGCUGUUCUCACACGCCGCCAUGGGCCAGCCGGUGCAUAUGGUGGUGAAUGUCGCACGGAUGGAUUCUUGGCGAAUGCUGUACGAUCAGAUUUCAGACGGAGGCACGGCUGUAAUCUUCCAUGGGGUACAUUCGUCCUGGCCAUCAUUAGCGCUAUAUUGUAUGCCCUUUCAGCAUUGUUCCACGAGGUCAAGGACCGUCGCAACCGCGAACCAUCGUAUGAGACGGCCCCAGGCAAGGGCGCCAGGGGUUCUCACCAUUCCACAAGCACCUACAAUACCUAUCCUGAGCAGCAACAGGUCGUCAACCCAGACGGUUCCUACCCUGUGCAGGCACCAGUCAAUCCUGGCCACAAUGUCGCUGGUCACCACGUGUGA